UGAAGCUACAAGUUUUUACCGCGGUUUUACUAUUUGGGCUUGCCUGCGCCGCCCCUCCCGAAAGGGAUGCUACGAUUAUCACAAAGCAAUACUUUUCCGAAUCAUAUGUCAAGUACACAGGCGAACAUGAAAUAGUCAACCUAUUGGUUCCCCUAAACGCUUUAAACUUUGACGACCUGAGUUCUGCCAUAGAUGAGGCUAUGAAAUCGUAUAAGACCUCAGAAGAUAUCAACAAAGUAACCAUUUUCUUUGCUCAGGCUGACAUUGAUGAAAGCGGAAAGCGUACUUACCACGGUCUAUACGCAUUAAAGAACGGUGUAGCGAGGAGGAUUCUAGAAAACGGAAGAGAUGCAUCUGCUUCAGUUGAUGAUCAGAAAACAGUAUUCUUAGCUGCAAGUGACGGUGUGUAUCUCUUCGAUGGUGAAGACCGUUCAGUGCAACAGUACGGCUCUAUUACUGACAGUGUGAUUGGUAUCGCUAAAGAGAGCGAAGGCGAGGUAUUAUACAUAUUAACUGAAGACAAUUCUGUAUACAAAGUCACUGACAACGGUAACAAGAAAGAAAAAGUUGAAGAUAUUGAAAACGCGCAACAAAUCAAACUGGACAACGAAGGCAAUUUGUUCUUCUAUACACCUGACAAGAAAGUACAUGUGCGAACAUCUGAAGGAGUGAAACAAAUUGACAGUUUGCCAGAAAAUCCUUCCAGCAUUGUGCUGGUCAAUUGCCCGGUUGUUCUUGAAGAGGGUCUUACGGUACUCGUUGAUCGUGAUCUCUACAUUGUUUACAAGAAUGGAACUAGCGAAUUCUAUGGUCUUGAAUUCGCACCUGAUUUCAUGCCCACUGCUUUUGGCCCAGAAGCGACACUCUUCCAAUAUCAUGCUUAUGAUAAGAAAAUCUACGAAUUCAAUGUAGUUGCAUUAUUGAAUGCAGAGGAAUCUAAAAGGAGUGAAAAGCCCGAUGGUUUACUUAAGUUUGUUACUGAAAAACGGGCCCAAAAGAAUAAGGUUUAAGCUGAGUUUUAAAUAUUAUUUAAAAUAAAACAAUCACAUAACUGAA